AUGGGGAAACCUACUUCCCUCCCAGGUUUGCGAUUCAAACCGGAAAAAAAAAAAAAAAAAAAACCUAAUCAUACUUCAGAAACUCUUAAUACUUCAGGAUUGCCUACGGCCUCAUCUUCAGCAUUAUUUUCAAAUCUAUCUGAUGAUGUGGAACUAGCCUGCAUGACUAUGCCAUCAACAUCAAAAAUAUCUCCACCUUCCAUUCUACAUCACCCCAAAAAUACCCUUAAGAGGACGUCUCACACCCGUAUUUCGAGCGUCGAAAAAGCCUUUGCAAGAAUUAAAACCACUCAAGGCGAUGGUGACAGCAGCGUUAUCAAACGUUUGAAUGAUGUACUACCAUAUGGUCUUCAUUUUACGGUUGAAAAAAUUGAAUGUAGGAACCAUCUGUUACGAAAUUCUUGUCAAAAAUUGUUAGCACUAACCAAAAGAACCGAAUAUCCCGUUCAUAUAAGAAAAUUUAUACAAAACAAUAUUCUUCGAUUUAGAAGUGACAUAACAAAAGCUGUACAGCAUCGUAAGACGAGUGAUUUAUCUAUUCCAAACAAAAUAGCAGAUCUACGAAAAGAUAUUGAAAAUAGUCCAUAUCACCGAUUUGGACAACAUGACAAUUGUGACAGAUAUUUUUGUUCUGGUUCAAAAUCCGGUGAAAUAAAUUUAGUCGGUGAUGUAGAAAAGUGUGGAUUAAUGAGAGAAGUAAAAAAUAUUAUUCUUCGUCUUGCUAAUAAUUCAAGCAGCCUGAUUCAAGACGUUGAUAAUAAUGCGUGCGAACAAUUCAAUAGUCUAAUCAAUAAGUUUAUAGGUGGUAAAAGAAUUAACUUCCCGAGUAGCAUUUUGAGUGCAUACAGCGUGUAA